AUGGUAUUCGCUGAAAGAAGAGAGCUAUUGGACAUGGAGGCAUUAAAAGAUACAAAUUCUGAAACGUACCCCUUAGUAGACGCGCAUUGCCAUAUCGGCACCAGAUCACAUUAUGAUCCCGAAACGAUAUGCAAUUUGAAUAGAAACAAACCUACUAUUCAAUGUAUUAUGUCUAAUAAUGUUAUGGAUUGGAAUGUUAUCAAAGAACAAGUCUUAGAGAAAAAUGGAUCAUCUAAUUAUGAUAUGGUUAAGGUUGGAUUUGGUGUGCAUCCAUGGUAUAGUCAUUUAUUUUCUGCUAUAGAUGAAGAAUUAACCAAGCGGGAACAUUAUGAGAAUGUUUUACAAUAUAACGAUCAAGAGGAAUUUGAAACGUUGCUUUCCAAGUUACCAGAGCCUGUAUCAUUAGAACUAUAUAUUAAGGAGAACUUUAUCAAAUAUAAUGAAAAGAUUGAUGUAGUUGGUGAAAUUGGAUUAGAUAAAUUAUUUAGGUUACCACAGAAUGGGUUUCAUAUGGAAUCCAAAACUCCUAUAAAGUUAACAAAAAUUAAAGUGAAAAUGUCUCAUCAAGUUAGUAUAUUUACCCGACUAUGUCAAUUAGCUGCUGAAUAUAAAAAACCAGUCUCAAUUCAUGAUGUUAAAUGUCAUGCCAAUGUGUUUGAUACAUGUAUCAGAGAGUUUCUGUCAUUGUCUCAUUCAGGUAUACAUGGUUGUAAUAUCUGUCUGCAUUCGUACACAGGAUCUAUUGAAAUGUUAGAAAGUCAGUGGUUUAAGAAAUUCCCAAAAGAACAAAUCUUCAUAAGCUUAUCAAAUUAUAUCAAUCUAAGGGAAAAACAUAAGUUAACGAAUUCUGGUGAUGAUCUAAUAAAAGCAAUAUCACUUUCGACUAUAUUGACUGAAACUGAUUACCCCGUUGACACAGAUGGAAGAGAUAAGGCUUAUUUAGACGAACAUUUAGAAAAAGUAUAUGAUAGAAUAAGAGACGUGUAUAAAAUGGAGAAUAUGCAUGACUGUAAAAAGGUAAUGUAUAAUAAUCUUAUGGCUUUUUUACAGUAA